UUGACGGCGGAGGCUAAAAAAGAUGACCCUGCGGGAUAAACAAACAAAUGACAGGGAGGCUGCUGCUUCGUGACAUUUUUGUAACAUUGCGAAUUUUACAGUCUUUCAAGAGGAGUGAAAGUGACUGGCAGGGGCUAGUCAGCGAGCAUACAACAGUGUUGGUGGGAAUGCCCGUGCCAGCGUCCAUAGAUGGCAUAGACAUAUCGAGGGCUUAAAGCCAUAGUGGCGUAAUCUGAAGCAAAGACAUGAAUAUUAUCACUCAGGUGCAACUGACAGUCUCCCCACCAACAGAAACACAUCCUGUAAUCCAGUGCAUAAUUAACAAUGAUCUUAAAAAGCUCAAGAAAUUACUGAAGGACAAUAAUGUUAAUGGGGUUUACCCCUGUACAGAGUGGAGUGAUUAUAUAACCCCACUGAUUGCUGCUGUUGUAACUCACAACAGAGAUAUAUGUACUUACCUACUGCAUCAGGGUGCAGACCCAAAUAUGCUUUCUCAACUUCUCUGGACACCUUUGCAUUAUGUCUCACUAUCCAAAGCACCACUUUUUUGUGUGUCUCUAUUGCUUGAGGCAAAAGCUAGUCCAAAUGGUUGGAGUCCAACUCCAGUGCAACAACAGAAAUUCACACCACUGCAAAUUGCUGCCUUUGAAGGCAGGGAGGAUGUCAUGAAAAUGCUCAUCUCUGCUGGUGCCCUGGUGGCACUGCUGCCCAUGAAUGAUCCUCAAUGUCUUAUUCACAAUAAAAAAAUAUCUCAGAUGAUUAAUCACCUUGCAUCAAGUGGAGAUAAAUUAUGUGCCCAAGUCAAACAUUUUAUAGAUAUGCAAAUUGACCUUGUUGAAAAAACACCCGAAGAAGUGUUUAAAAUUUUUAGGAGUCACAUGCUGUUGGAAGAUCCUCAGCACCAUCUGACUAUGAUUGAAAUGCUCUUUACUGUUACUGGGAGAGGGAAAGAUAAAUACUGCCAGGGAUGUAUUAAAUGGCUGAAGGAAACUGAAAAUGUGAACACCUACAUUGCAGGUGCAGCCAGUCGCUUUCCAAACAUCCCUAAGACACAUGUAAAGAGUGCAGUUGAUAGUUUAAAUGCAGUUUUCUGCACAAUGGAUGACAUAUCAAAUGAGCAAGCACUGGCUGUAGCUCCCCACCUACUGAAACAGCUUAGCUUAAAAGAGAGACCUGACAUCUGUGAAGCAGUGCUACAAACACUGUAUGUGAUAACACAGAAAACAAAAGGCACAAAGGACUGGCACUUCAACUUUUUGGAGAAGUUAUGCAAAACCAUUGCUCCUUUUGUAAAGGAACAGCACUCCACUAAUAUCAGAGUCUACACAUACGGCAUAUUUGGAAACCUGGUGUCAGCUGAACAAGCAGCUAACAUUUUUACAUCAGUAGGCAUAACUUCAGUGCCUGAAGACAUACUGACAUCUGUGGAAAUGGAGAUGAAUGACAAGCUGAAAGAAGUACUGAGACAUCUCAAAAAUUAUUUGCGCAAACCAAACUCAGAAUGUGAAGGAAAUACAGCCUCACCUGGAGCCGGGAAAAAGAAGAAAAAGAAGAAGAAAAAGAAGGAAAAGCCAGAAAGGCAAGAAGCUGAUCCCACAACAGUUCCUGUUGUGGGAUCAGCUUCAGAUUUAAAGGCUUUUGCCUACAACACCAGUGAAAUAUCAGGAAAGCGAAACUGGCUUCCAGUCACCAAGAGGUGGAAGGAGAAACUGGAGAAACUCGUUCGCACAGAUGAGAGUAAAAUAUCCAGAAUCAGAAGCAUUAUGUAUGUGAAUGAUGCAGAAUUCCGUAUAGCAAAGGGAAGUGAUGGUACUGAAGUCUUCUUGGGGCUGAGAGAUGACGGCACAGAAGUCGCCAUUAAGAGAAUGUCUAAAAGCAACUAUGAAGUGCUGAAGAAUGAGGAAGUAAUUCUACGACAUCCAGAGCUCGAUCUUCCUUAUAUUGUACGAUAUGUUGAUGCUGCAGAGGAUGAGAACUUUGGAUAUCUUUGUCUGCAACUUUGCGAAUAUACCUUGGAAGAAUAUAUCAGAAAUAAUGACUGUGACACACUGAUGUUAAAGAAACUUGUCAAAGAAGUUCUUGAAAGCCUAAAGGUGCUUCACUGUCAAAAUCCUAAAAUUCUCCACCGAGAUCUCAAACCACAGAACGUUUUGAUUGAUGUUACUGGGAGAGCGAGAUUAGCUGAUUUUGGCAUAAGCAGACGUUUACUCAAAGGCCAAACAACUUUACGUACAGGCAGUGCAGGAACCAAAUGCUGGAUGGCCCGAGAGACUUUGGCAGAAGAAUCUGUCAUAUCAUACAAGUCAAACACGGAUAUACAGGUGGCAGGCAUGCUGAUUUAUUAUAUCCUUUCUGGAGGCCAUCAUCCAUUCAGCGAUAGAUCCUUUGAAUGUGAGUCCAACAUUUACUACGGGAAGUACAGUUUGGAUCAUGUUCAAGAUGUGGUGGCAAAGGAUCUCAUCGAGUGGAUGAUCAACAGAGAACAAAAGGACAGACCCAGAGUAGAAGAAUGCUUAAGCCAUCCCUUCUUCUGGACUUUUGAAAAGCAGUUUGAAUACUUGAGAAAGAUUGGUAACAGAGAGGAGGCGGCGAACUGUCGAAGGGCUGAUGAGGAGCUUAUAUAUUCACUAGAAACAUGUGCUGUGGAUGGAUCCUUCAAACAAUGGAAAAAUAAGUUUCCACAAGAGCUGGUUCAGAAGAUGGAAAGCAAAAAAAAGGCCUACCCUGAAAACAUGCUGGGAUUAUUGCGCUUUAUACGCAAUCUCCAUGAGCAUUACCCCAAGGAUGCAGCCCAGAUUGAUGUACUGGCAUUAUUUCCUCAUCUCUUUGGGUGUAUUUACAAAUUUGCCAAGACACAAGGCUGGAAUUCAGAGACACCCCUGAAGGAAAUGUUUCGAAGAGAACACUUUAGCAUUGCUGUUGCGAUGCUGUCUACAAGUACUGAGGAGCCUCUGGGUGUCCCAGUUCAAGAGUCUCAACACAGUGACUUGGAACAAUAAGACAAUUUCAUAAAGGACUAUAGAGUAGGGUCUGACCAAAUUUUUAAGACUGAUACCAAUACUGAUAUUUGGUGAUUUAAAAAAUCCAGUAUCUUGGUCAUCAUGUUUCAGGCAUGAGGUUUAGCUCUGUUAUUUCCCUCUUGCUCACUGGUUAACAAUUUGUCAAUCACAAGCCAAUUAAUAUGCGGCUUCACAGUCAGACCCACCCCAAUACACACACACACACAUGCGCACAUAUAUGUGUGUGUGUGUGUGUGUGUGUGUGUGUGUGUGUGUGUGUGUGUGUGUGUGUCAGCCGAUAUAUCAGCCCAUCCCAAUACUGAUAUUUAGUGAUUUUAAAAAUCAGUAUAUUGCCCAAUAUAUUUUUCCUUUCAGGCACACAAAACAUAAACAGGUUUUCCUGUUGGAAAAAUGAAGCCAAUGCAGAAAUGCUUAAAAAACUGCAUUCUAUCUUAAGGCCACCAGAUGGCAAUAGCUGUGUUUGUUGGUAAAAUGAGCAAGCGGCUUCACAGUCAGACCCACUCAGAUACCAAUAUAUUGCCAAAUGGCUAAUGUGAACCGAUAUAUCAGCCCCACUGAUAUAUUAGUCAGGCUCUACUGUAGAGUCUAACAAGCAUUCAGAGGAAAAACAUAACAGUUACUAGUAGUACAAACAUAGAUGUCAUUGAAAGCAUUAUGGGAUGCUGUGUUCUGUUUAAGCAUGUAGAUGACCACACAACAGAAACCAAACCAGAGAAAUCAGUGUGUUCUUUGACAUAAGGCUUUUAAUGUGGAAGAAAUUUUUUUUUUUUUUUUUUUUUUAUGAUUGUAUAGAUAGAUUUACUCUGCUUUUAAAUUUGCUAUUAUUUAGAUGGCUUUAGUUGUUAGUUAAUUUGCAAAUUAUUACACACAAUGCACACAACAGGAAAAAUUACCUGAUUAAGUUGAACUACAAAACUUAGUAGCUUGGUUUCUCAUAUUGAUGCAUCAUUAUUAUCUAAAAAUGCUAGCAUUGAUGUUACUUAAGAUUUUAAUUUUCUCCUUCUGCCUUUUAACCACAGUACAUUUUUAUUUUUUAUUGUUUUCUUUUUUUAUUGGUAUUCCAGAAAGGAAAAAGAUAAAAUUAACCUCAAUUUUAAAUCUUCUGUUAAAUUCUUUCUCAAAUAGCAAAACUGGGAAAAGCAGGAUUUUUAUUUAUUUUGCAUGUAUGUAUGUAUUUUGGUUUUUGAAAAUUCAUACAGAAACUGCCAAAUAAACACAUGCAUGUAUUAGUAUCAUUUAUACCACAUGUCUGCAACAUGUAUUUUUGAACUCAAGUGAA